UCUACUAUUUCUCCUAUUCUGUGCUACUAGUUAGUAUUUACUACUUUACUAAUUAGUAAUUAUAGGUAUCUAAGGCAUUUUUUUAAUUACCUAUUUUAUAUAAUAUAUUAAAUUUUUUCACAAUUCGCGUAAACAAAACAUCGGAAUAUUACAUAAUGCUAAUCGUGAUAAUAAAUCCUUUUUAAUAUAUUGAACGGUUGGCUUCGAUCAUUAUAGUCGGUGCUUUAUUACCUUAUUGGUGAUUCUGUUAUUGUUUUUUCUGUCAUCAAAUUCUCGAAGUUUCAAAACAACUGAAUAAUAAUAAUUGUCAUGCUCAAGACCUUUUUUUCUGCUGUAGUAGCGUCUCUUGUUAAACUUAACUUCUAUUAGGUAUCAUAGUACAACACAAAAUGGUGAAGAUUCCUGUUUUGGUAGGCGUGUUAUCGUUGAUCACCUUGUUGAAGGCUGAAUCAUAUGAAGAUGCCCGUUGCAAAUGUGUAUGUACUAUAGUGAAUGGUACAGAAAUGUAUAAUAAAUUAUAUAUAGCUAAUGUUCUUCCCAGCAAUGAUUGUAAUGGAGUAAGCUUACCAAUUAUUGGUGAAGUGAAUAAUACAAAAAAAGAAUUAUGCCCGCGAUGCACUUGUACUUAUGAGAGUAGAAACACUACAACUAUGAAAGUGGUUGUAUUAAUCGUGCUUUGCGUGAUAUCAUGUUUGGUGAUGUACAUGUUUUUCCUGCUAUGUCUGGAGCCAAUGAUUAGAAGACGCAAGCUAGUUGGAGCAUACGUAGAGCACACCAACGAAGAGGUAUGUUCUUUAUUGGAGGCGACCAUAUCCGAUAGCGGUAGUUUUGAUGAAGCCCCACCAGCUGUAUCGUUAAAUGCAAGGAGAGGAAGUGAUCCAAUGGUAUCUAUAGCCAACAGCAGUAAUGUCCUCAACCGAUUUGGACAUCAACAAGAUAAAUGGAAGAAACAGGUGAAAGAACAAAGAAAAAAUAUCUAUGAUCGUCAUACUAUUCUCAAUUAAAUGUGUUAACUCUCUUAUUAUUAUUAUUUUUACAUAAAUAGCUAUCAUUUAAGGAAACCUCAUUUAUAUCUUUUCUCCAUUUAUUAUCAGUAAUAUUUAUAUUGGUGUCUUAUAUAAGAUAAUCGAUUCUUUGAUCAUCUUUAUUAUAUUAUUAUUAUUAUUAUUAUUAUUAUUUUGUUGAAAAAUUAGAUUUUUUGAAAAUAUAUUAUAAUUUGAAUUAUUUGUA